AUGCCCGCCCGGCCCCGGGUGCCCGAAACAACUCCCCCGUUUAUGUCCAGAGGUGGCGUCCCUUGCGUUCACUUCAAAAAGGAAGUGCAGAAGUUGAAUCAGCAGCUAGAGGAGAAAAAUGGAGAGAUACAGCAGAUGAUAAAUCAGCCUCCAUAUGAAAAAGAGAGAGAAAUCUUACGACUGCAGAAGACCUUGGCAGAGAGGGAGAAGGCUCAGGCCACCAGUGAUGUUUUGUGCCGUUCACUCACUGAUGAAACUCACCAACUUCAACGCAAAUUAGCAUCCACAGCAGAAAUGUGUCAACAUCUGGCAAAAUGUCUAGAAGAGAAGCAAAGAAAAGAGAAGGAGAAUUCAGAUGACCAGACACCUACAGAAAGAUCUAAUCAGCUUUCAGACAAUGAAACUUCACUUCAAGCUCUUAUCUGCAACCUACAAGAGGAAAACAGGAUGUUAAAACAAAAAGUAGCUCACGUGGAAGAUUUAAAUGCGAAGUGGCAGAAGUACGAUGCCAGUAGGGAUGAGUACGUGAAGCGACUCCACUUGCAGCUGAAGGAGAUGAAGUCACAGCUGGAGCAGCACCACAGUGGAACUCCAGCACAAAGGAAUUCUGACCUGAUGCACAAGGAGAUAUUCCGGUUAAACAAGCUACUGGAAGAAAAAAUGAAUGAGUGCAUAAAAACCAAGAGAGAACUAGAAGACAUGAAGAAGGCUAGCGAAGGAGAUAAUGAGCGCAUACAAAUGCUGGAGCAACAGGUCCUGGUUUAUAAAGAUGAUUUCACAUCUGAGAGAUCAGACAGAGAACGAGCACAGAGUAAAAUACAAGAACUUCAGGCAGAAGUUUCAUGUCUGCAACACCAGCUAGCAAGAAGACAGGACCCAAGAGACACAAGUAGUCAUUUCAGAGUUCAUGCUGGUAACCAAAAUCAUUUGUACGUUCAGACAAACGUGGAACAUCUACGAGGCAACAGCCCAGGCCAGACAGGCACAAGAAGAACAAACUCACAGUCUGAACAAGCUUCUCCUCCUAGGGACAACACAAACUUGGGAUCUGAAGGCAGGGCACAGGGUGAACUCAGAUGCCCUCAUUGCAUGAGGCUUUUCAGUGAUGAACUCGGAGAUGAAUUCCUCAAACAUGUUGCUGAAUGUUGUCAGUGACCACAGGAUGUGAGGGGUGUAAGUCAAUCACUACUUUUAUAGACAUAAAACUUGCUCUAUAUAUAUCUCCUACGGUCCUAAAACAGAGUUAAUUCAGAUGGAGAGCUCUGGGGAAUUAGGAGGAUGAACAAUAUCUACCUCUUGCUUGAUUUUGCCUUCUCUUGGACUGUGUGAAAGGCUUCAAGAGAAAGCAGAGUGUUUUUCUGAAGAAUUAUUUUUGACAGCUACAAGGAAGGCAAGUGUAACGCAGAUUCUACUACAAACUAAACUGAAACCUAUGGUGGUAGUUCAGCUUCAGAGUGCAGCUUGACUUUAUUUGGGUCUAAUUUUCUACCGCAGUCUGAUGGCUUGUGAAAAAAAUUACUGAACUUGAAAUUUUCCUCCUCUUCCAAAAAAUGUAGGCUGGAGAACAGGAAGGAAUAUUUUGGCAGAAGAUAGGAAAAAUCUUAUUGUGCAUUAUCUGGAUUAAAAGCAAAAAUAUUUUGUUGACUCAUGAGGCUGAACUUUCAGACAUCUCAUCUGAAAAUCCUUCUAUUUAACAGAAAUCAGAAGAAAACAUAAAUGGGCUGGUUAUUGACUAAAACUAGCCUGCCUUUUUUGCACAGGAAGAAGGUACAGGCAUAUUUAUAUUUUCUGUGCCAUAAGUAUCUGUCUUAGAGAUUUGUAAAUGUAUAUUUGUGUAAUUAUUGAUUGUAUUCCUAUUUGACAUAAGGAUUAUUUUUAUAAUAAAAGUGACUGUGCAUUUGCUUUACUACGUUAGUAAAGGUGUCAAAAAUCUCUUGGUCUAAGUAUUUAAAUGUGAAAUAGUAACUAUACUAAGGGCUAAUUAAAUGUCAUGGUUUCAGA